AUGCAUAAAAACGAACGGUUGAAACGUCUCUACUGUAACAAGGAAGCAACGCACGAUACCAAAAAAAAUGAUAUCUCUAAGAAAGCUACAGAAGUCGAUCAUGUCAAUCUUUUGACUCAAAAACUUUCAAAAGCUAGGCAGGAAGCUGCCGAACUCGAGCUUGCGCACCAUUGGGUCCACGCGCGGCUCAGUUGCAUCGUUGGUCAAUCACCAUCUGUCCAAGCGAGUCUUCGGCAUGAAUUCUCGGGUACACCGAUCGCCUUAAACCACUUUGCUUGGCCAUUGCCAAAAAACUGGUUCCUCAAAGAAGCAUGGAAUAGUGGCUGUCCCAGCAAAUUAGUUGUAUUUGAUUUAGAUACAAUAAAGCAGUGUAAACAAGACGAUCAGAAUCAAAUAAAUUUGAACGAAAGUAUUAUUCUUCAGCCGUAA